AUGCGUUUCACUGCCAGCGUCGCUAUUGCUCUCACAACUAGCCUGGCCGCGCUGGUCUCCUCAACUGGCAUCAUAUUGCCGCUCUACCUCUAUCCGUCUAUUACCUGGAACGACGGCGCGGCCAACUGGUCGCCUGCGUUUAACGCUAUCGCGGCUCACCCAAGUCUUCCAUGGCUGGCCGUGGUUAACGUUGCCACUGGCCCUGGCUCAACCUAUAUGCCUGGUAAUAACGAUGUCAACUACAUUGCCGGUGUAUCAAAGCUUAACUCCUUCCCAAACGUCAAGACGCUUGGCUAUAUCCGAACUGCCUACGCGAGUAUCCCGAUGGAUGAAAUUACUAAGAACAUUACAACUUGGGCAAACUGGGCCUCAUACUCGGCGUCUAAUAUCUCAAUUCACGGCCUCUUUAUUGACGAGUCAAGCAACUUGGCGUAUAUAACAAACGUUACUUCCUUCGCGCGUAAAGCUUUUAGCGGUAAUAUUACUAUUUUCUGCCACUUUGGCGCAGCGGCCCCUGCUGAUUUCUACAAGAUAUGCGACGCUGUCGGCUCCUUUGAGAGUUAUGCGUCAUAUCUAAGCACGGCGACUAUGAAAAAUACUAUUCCGGCUGGUUACGAAAAACAGGCUGGUAUAAUUAUCCAUGACUUUGUGGGCAAGACCGCUGAUGGGAUCGCAGCGGACACCAACUCUUUGAACUCGUAUAUUCAAGGGAUGGUUAAGGGCGGUCUUGGAUGGCUUUACUUUUGCACGGGAUAUUUUAAUAGCAUGUCCACCGGCCCUGCUACAGUUGGGCAAGUUGCACAAUACCUGGCUUCGGACACGCUUUUGGCUGUCGGCUCAACAGGCACUUCGACCCAGUGGACCGUCCCUCAAUGUGCUCAAACCAUGCGCUUCAAUAUUACUGGUGGUGCUGGCGGGCAGAUCGGGUAUCAAGGGGGUUACGGUGCAUUAAUAUCUGGGUCUAUUACAGUGUCUCCUGGGCAGACAAUUUCCGCCGUUGCCGGUAGCGCUGGGGGUAUAAACACGGCCGGAAUAAGUGCAUAUGGGAACGGCGGAACCGCCUCCCAGGGAGGUGGUGGAGGCGGUGCCGCGUCUGCCUUGUAUCUUGGUGGUAUAUUGGUCGCCGUCGCUGGAGGAGGUGGCGGCGGAUCUAUCACAGUUGGAACAUAUCCCAACAGUAAAGCAUAUCAGUCUGACAGUAACCGCGGCAGCGGCGAGACUCCAGGAGUGUCGCGGGUUAUUACACCGACUGGAGCUAACAUGGCUAAUUAUUUCUCCAAGGCGGCCGGAGGAAGCCCGGGCUCGGCCAGCAGCCCUGGCGUCGGGGGGCAAUACUACGGAUAUGCAACCACGGCUUAUGUUGGGAGACCUGGGAGUGGCACUGCUGGCGGAGCUGGCGUAGGCAAUCCCCAAACGACUUCAAGCGGCGCUGGAGGUUCGGGUGGUGGCGGCGGAGGCUAUAAGGCCGGCGGUAGUGGGGCCUCGGUCUACUGGAAUUACGGAGAUGGCUGGUAUGUCAUUCCGGCGGGAGGCGGCGGCGGUUCUAGCUACGUGUCCGGCAGCGUUUCCGGCGUAUCGCAAGGCAUCGCUGGAUCCUCCGGGGGAAGUGUUGUCGUGACUUAUCGAACCCCUAGUGGCUCCGAAUGUGUGCAUUGA